AAACAACUCCCGAGAUGAUGUCUUCCAAUGUGGUGUUGGUGGUGGUGGUGGUGUUGGCUGUGGUGGCGGCGGUGGUGGCUGAGCCCAGCUACCCUAAACCACAACCCUGCUACCCCAAGACCCAGUACGUCACCCACUACCAGACGCAGUACCAACAGGUGCCAGUGUACACAACUGUCUACAAACAGCAGAUCGUCCCCACCACCCUCUACAAAACCCAGUACCAAACUCACUACCAGACCAAGUACCAGACCAAAUACGUUCCCGAAUACGUUACCGAGACCGUCUACAAGACCGAGGUCCAGUACGUAACUCAGGUCAAGACCCAAUACCAGACCCAAUACCAAACCCAAUACGUCACCACAACCCAGUAUGUCCCUCAGUACAUUACUGAGACCCAAUACCAGACCCAUUAUGUGACCCAGACCCAGUACCAGACCGUGUACAAGACCCAGUACACGCCCAAGUACGUUACCACGACCCAAGUACAGUACCAGACCCAGUACCAGACCAAAGUGGUCCCUCAGUACGUGACGGUCACCCAAACCCAGCAGACCUACAAGACCGUCUGUCCCAAGCCUUCUUAUGGUCACUGAAGAUGAAGACAACAACAACUGAUCGGGAGAUGCCUCGACAGCAGCUACUGUCUCUCUCACUAAGUCACCUCAGAUAUGUUCCUACACUCUCCUUACUCUUAACAUGUCUCUCUCACUUAGUCACCUCAGAUAUGUUCCUACACUCUCCAUACUCUUAACAUGUCUCUCUCACUAAGUCACCUCAGAUAUGUUCCUACACUCUCCAUACUCGUAACAUGUCUCACUCACUAAGUCACCUCAGAUAUGUUCCUACACUCUCCAUACUCUUAACAUGUCUCUCUCACUAAGUCACCUCAGAUAUGUUCCUACACUCUCCAUACUCUUAACAUGUCUCACUCACUAAGUCACCUCAGAUAUGUUCCUACACUCUCCAUACCCUUAACAUGUUGUCAUAAAUGAUAAACACAAGUCUGCUGAUUAAGUAAUGUUUAAACUGACAUUUCUUAAACCAAAGAAAUAAAUCAUAUACACAGAA